AUGUCAGGCGAGGAGGGUUUGCUACUCCAGCAGAUAUUUGCUGGUACUCUCUCUCCUGAUAAGGUGGUGCGUGAACAGGCAGAGGCGGCACUCGCUCAGAUCUCCACAGAUCCACAUCUAAUCAUCCGUCUUAUUCACUUUGCCACUCAGGAAAUACCGCAGAAUGUACAAACAGGAGAAACAACAACAAUAACACAUCAAGUUCAACAAGCAGCAGCUAUACGUGUACGUAAUGUAUUGGGUCGAAGUGAUUGGAAUCGUCAAUCAUACUUUACAUCAGAUGUAAAGGAUGCCGUACGAGAGUGUAUUGUUCCUUUACAAUGUGAACCACAUGUACCAGAAUCUAUUAGACGACAACUUUUGGCUACCACACAAGAACUCAUCAAUUAUGAUUAUCCUCAACGUUGGCCAACACUAAUGCCUCAACUGAUGAAAAUAUUAGACGAGUGUGUGAAUGGUCUUCGUGGAGUAGCUGACUCUUAUUCACAAUCAAAGGAGUCUUUAACAAUUCGAUUAAAAGGAGCCCUUGGGGUUUUAUAUGCCUCUUGUAAGGCUUAUGAUAAUCCAGUUAUGGUGGAUGCAGAUGUGAUAGAUGACUUUGUAGAAAAUCUCUUCCCAUCACUCUUCUCAUUAACGGAGUUGUUACUACAGGCAUGGACACAGGAGUUAAUUCAACAACAACAACAACAACAACAACAACAAGCUGUUAGUACUAAUAUGAGUGAAUCUCAAAUGUUUACAAUCUCCGUAUGGCAUAAUGAUCUCUCUCAUUGUUUACGAUUAACAUUUAAAUGUUUUUACAUUCUCACCGCCUCACGUUGGCCACGAUUUCUCUGUGAACCAACUACAAUGGAACGUUUUUGCCAAAGUUGCCUUGGACAAUUGUUGGAUAUUACACACUCCACACUUCUACCAUUAUACCGUCAACGUAUUCCCAGUAAUGAUGUAGAUGAUUCCGAUCUCUUUUCCGCAUUUCACGAAUCUCCUACAUGGAAACUACUAAAAUGGGCAGAGAAUCUCUCUUUAAGAUUAUUGCAGGAAUUGAUGUCUCCAAAGAGCUGCGAACGGCGGGCACGGGCUGCAGCAAAAUAUUAUUGUGAUCAUCACAUGUUAAGAUUUGCAGAACAGGCAUUAGAGUUUGUACGUUGGCAUGCCACUUCACGGUGUGUAACCUCACCUGCGUAUAUUCUCGCAUUGGAAGUCCUCACUGUUGGAGUGAAUGCACGUACUUUAUAUACUUCUCUCAUUACUCCAAAUGCGGGUGAACUUUUCACAAAUUUAAUCUUUCCACGACUUGCCUUCACCGCAGCGGAGGCAGAGACGUGGGCACUAAACCCUGCUGAGUAUGUACGUCAACAGACAAACCCUUGUGGAGAUGUAUACAGUGCAAAGUUGGGAGCCGCUAGUUUAAUGAUUGCAUUGGUGGUACCAUCCAAGUCUUUUCAUGAUAAUACACUACUCACACACGUAUUGCAGUUUGUGAUGGAACAACUCACUAGACACACAGAGGCGGCAGUGCAGGGUGUAGUGGAGUCCGCACGUGUAAUGGAUGCCGCACUUUUUGCAAUGUAUCAAUUAAGUAAGGUGAUGUAUGAAGUUAAUGUUAGUGAUGAGAUGAUAGAAUCUAUUAUUGUACGUCAUAUUGCUCCUGUUUCCAAAUCACCUGUAGGGUUUUUACGAGCACGAAGUGUACUUCUACUCAGUGUAUUUGCACCUAAAAUAAAAUGGAGUAAUUGUGAAUCUUUUCAACGAGUACUCUCUGAUAUUCUUCCUCUUUUAAAUGAUACAGAGGUUCCUGUUCAGAUGCAAACUUGUAUGUCUUUAUCCCCACUUAUUUGUCAUCCAUACGCACGGGAUGUGGUUACCCCAUGUAUUAGUAAUAUUAUCCAACAUUAUUUUAAUGCCAUGCGUUUAAUGGAUAAUGAAGGGGUUGUUCGAACUCUACGCAAGACGAUUAAACACUACAGAGACAGUCUCUCCCAGUGGGCUUUGCAAUUAACAGAGAUGCUUGUACAACACUUUGAACAAGUACUACAACGAACCAUAGCAGCAGAACAUGAAGAUGCGGUUGUACAAGCACUUGAUAAUAAUAAUAAUAAAAGUAAAGGUGGUUUAUUAGAUGGAUGUGAUGGGGAUAUUGCGGAUUCUAUUAUGGCCGCUGAUGAGGUUUUGGAAACUCUUACCACUUUAGUACGUGCACUCCCCCAUCAUAGUGCAGCCUCUGAAGCUGCCUUGCAGGAAAGUAAUCUCCUACUGCAAAUUCAAGAACGCAUCGCACCAAUGUUAUUUGCUAUUAUGUCUGAAGAAGGUGGAAGUACAUUGGGAUUUAUGGAUGCCGCACUGAUGCUACUCACAACCGUAUUAUCACAUAGUUCAGCGGUAGCCUCACCCACAUGGAGAUUAUUACUAUGUCUUCAUCGACUCGUUGUACAAGGGGCAGUAGAUUAUUUUAGUUUAAUGUUACCACCUCUUGAUAAUUUUGUCUGUGUGUCUCCUGCGGUUUUCCUUUUUUCUCCAAUGAAUACUAUCUGUGAUGUACCGCCAUUUGCAGUUUCUCUUGCCUCCAUGACACCUGCACAAGUGGUGUGUACAAUGUGUGAUGCGGUGUUAAAUAACAGCAAUGCCUUGAGACUUCGGGAACUCUCUGGGGUUCCAAAAAUGUAUGAUUCUAUACUACAGAAUAUGUGGAAAUUAAAACAGGAACAAGAGAGUCCAUGCAUAGAAGGGAUACCAAUAGAAGUAAUAAAUAGACUUAUUGAUCAUAUAAUACGAUCUGCCUUAUUGGUAUUAGGUGAUGCUUCUACCCAGGAGAAGGGACGCCGCACAUUUGCUGUGUUAUUUGUAAAUACUAUUCUUUCUGCUAUCCUUGCAGAUGCCGCCUGUACGGUAUCUACACUUUCCGCCGCUGGUGCCCUUUCACCUCUCUUUGCCCAAUAUGUACAACUCGUACAAGGGGAAGCUAUGCAAUCUAUGUUGCGUUCCUACGAUCGCCGGUUAUUUCUCUUGGCUAUUGGAUCACUUGUGAUGUUGUGGCUUAAGCAACCAGAGGCGGCAGCGGGAGUGGAGGAAGUACUCCGCGGAGUGCUGCUCAGCAACAUUUUGGCAAAAUACACCGAAUGUGAAGCCGUCAUGCUUGCAGUGGAGAUUGAAAAACAUGCAGAGGGUGAGCAUAGUAACAACGAUGAGGAUGAUGAGGAUGACGAUGAGGAUUCCUGCAGUGAUGAUAGUGCGUGGGGUGCGGGUAAUGAUGAGGAUGAUGAAAUUGAAUUGGAUGAUGAUGAUGAUAAUGAUAUUGAUGACAUGGAUGAGGACUGUGGAGAUAAUAAUAAUAAUAAUAGUACUGAGAUGGGGUCUGCCGAUAGUGCGCAUCUCCAUUCAUUAAUUAAAGCUGUUGCUGUGGCUCGGGCGAAAGGUGGUAUUGGUAUUGUGAACAGUGGAGAAGAAGAGGAAGAAGAGGGAAAUCUCCUCGAUGAGGAUGACUUUCUCAGUCCAAUUGAUACUUGCAAUGCGUGGACAGUUCUCAUGGGAAUUAUACAAUGUGUGGAACAGACAGCCAAUAUAAAUGGAGGAGGGGGAAAUACAAUCUCGACAAGUCCUGCAGUCGAGUUAUUUAAAUUACUGAAGGAAACACAUGUGGAAGAGCAACUGAGUGGGAUGCGGCAGUUUGGUGAGUUAACGGGACACUUCCCAUCACGAAAUGAUGGUGAAUAG